AUGCCGGUUUUGGAUGACCAUUAUAGCUUCCUUGACGACUGUCAUGAGUGGCCAGAAGGACGCCUUCCGCGUUGGUGGUUCGGUGGCUUCUCCUCGAUCUGUGUUGCCUGUGCGGUGGCCCCAAUCGAUAUCGUGAAGACGCACAUGCAGAUCCAAAGGCAAAAAAGAUCUAUUUUAGGAACGACUCAAAGAAUAUACAAUUUAAGGGGAUUCUUAGGUUUUUAUGAUGGUUUUUCCGCUGCCAUCCUUCGACAGAUGACCAGCACCAAUAUCCAUUUUAUGGUAUAUGAAACUGGCAAGCAGAUGGAGUACGUCAAGGAGGAUUCAUAUCUGGGCAAAAUUGUUUUGGGCUGCGUAGCUGGUAUUAGUGGUGCCGCCUGCGGAAUUCCAACCGAUCUUAUUAACGUGCGCAUGCAGACUGAUAUGAAGGUGCCGCCGGAACAGCGACGCAACUAUAAGAACGUCUUUGAUGGUCUCAUUCGGAUUCCCAAGGAAGAGGGCUGGAUGGCAUUGUACAAGGGUGGAUCGGCAGCGGCAUUAAAGACAACAGUAGGAACUUGCAGCCAGAUUGCACUUUACGACAUUAUUAAAACGGAAGUGCGGAAAAGUACUUCUGCGAAAGAUGGCAUCCCCCUGCAUUUCCUCACCUCCUUGGUAACGUCGAUCAUUUCGUCUACGUUCACGCAUCCCUUAGACGUGUUGAGGACCAUCAUGAUGAACUCCAGACCAGGCGAAUUUCCCACCCUCUUCCACGCUUCCGUUCAUAUGAUGCGGUUCGGCAUAAUGGGACCCUACCGCGGAUUGAUUCCAACGAUAGCGCGAAAAGCACCAGCCACCACUUUACUAUUUGUUUUGUACGAACAGCUGCGACUUCAUUUCGGAAUAUGCUCCCUGGGAGGGGAAUAAUAUUAAAAAAUACCAUGUGAACUUUUAAUAAAGUUUUUGUACUAUAAAACGAGAAUGUAAAAAUAUAAAGGACUUUUUAGAAAAUAAUAAACUAAAAAAAUAAUGGAAUAUUUAACCCACUCUAAAACGACUAAAGCGAAGAAAAAUGGAAAACCAAAACCCUGUAAGCUUUCUGUGCUUUGCUAGAUCAUUGACC